UUCUGCAGGCGUUUUCGGGCGCCCAUGUAAACUGGGUGGGACGUCCUUGGUCCUAUGAAAGGAUUGUGAUUUUAUCCUUUUUUUUAACGUUUUUAUAUCAUUAUCAUUGAUGGAGUAUGACCCAGCCUCACCAACGGACGAACUAGACGAUUGUCCAUCGUCACUUGAACUGUCAGCAAUCCCAUUACCAAGGCCCGUUAACGUGGCUGUAUCAAAGGAUGAUAGCGAUGUUUGUAAUAUCCCAUUACCUCCCGCCUCCAAUGUAGCACUACUAAGCGUACCUUCACUUCACCCUAAUCAAACUGUCAAUGCAGAAAUAUCAGCUAAUACUGAUUUAUCCCCCAAAUCCCCGAAAUUCGAAGCGGUAGAAACACAAGGACCACUGAAAUUUACCAUGCGAAUGUCUGCUAAAUCCUUUUCUGGUUCAGAAGUGCCUGCUGAAUCUCCUGGCAUUUUCGAAUCAUCCAAAGAUGUGAAAACCGAAGAGCCAAAAACUUUGCCUAAACUUCAAGCAAUGAUGAAAAGAUCGAAACCGUUUCAACUCCCUGUUGGUGUUUUACCCCCUAAAAAUAAACUUCCGGUUACUGAAGUCAAAGCUGACUUAUUUCUACCAACUAAAGAGAGUGAAACAUCGAGUGCGGCUUCAGAUAACUCGAAAGGUGUCCAACAACCGGUUCAUUCCACAAAUGAGUCCUUUGAUAAUCAACCUGUGAGUUCAGUAGGCAUUAGUGGACAAUUCGCUGCAACAUGUGCAGUGGACAAGUCAUUAACACCGACAAAUAAUGUUGGAAAUAAAGCUACGCUUCCUGCUGCAAAUAUGCUUGCGAAGACCCCUCCUAUUCCGAAUCUUAUGAGCCUUAAUGUUCAACCAAUUCACCACCCUGUCCCAAUAGUUGCGACCCGUAAUCUGAUUCAUGCGCAUGCGACCGAUCCUACUCUUGUUCAGGCGUCGAUACCCCCAACUGCAGGAAUGCAGUUUGUUAAUCCUCAGAAAUUUCGGUCCGCGCAAAUGAUUGCUACUCCAUUGAUAGCCAAUCCGGCUGUAGCAAAUCAGUCACAGCAAAACGAUGAGACACCGAAAGGGAAAAAUGGACGCCGGCGAUUAAGUUCGCAUUCACGUAAGCACUCUAGGUCCCACAGAAGGUCUCGGUCUAGGAGGUCUAGUGGACAUCGUCAUCUACGGCGUCGCCGUUCGUCUAAUUCUUCGAAAUCAGUUCAUCGCUCCAGUCGUACUAGACAUAGGUCGCGGUCCCAUCAGAAUUCCAAAGAGCGUCGCCGUUCGUCUACAGAGCGUAGUCAUUCGAGAACUUCAGGAAAGCAUGAUAGCGGACAGAAAAGGUCAGUGGUUGUUGAGAAAACGAUAAAACGCGAACCGAGCCAAAAAAAGCUCAGUAGGUCUCGCCCAGAAGUAAAUCAUAAAGAAUCCCAUAGCACAGAAUUGAAACGCUCUCACCAUCACUCGAAUACUCCUGAAAGGAAAAAAAGAGAGUUUGAGAAAGAUGGUCGUCUACUAAGUGUCAAGAAAGUUAAAAGCUGUUCCAAAGAUAACCAGACUAAUGAUCGAAGGUUGACGGUGAAAGAGAAUUCUGGUAUUAAACGGGAGGAAGUUGAUGGAGUGCAAUAUGUUCAGAUGCAAAAGUUGACCUCAAGAGUGAGUGGAACACUUGCAGACGUCUAUCGCAAAACCCAACCAAAACUGGGUUAUAGGCGACCAUCAGAACAAAGUGAUAGCGAUGGUGAUUCCAUAAGUUCUAGUUCAUCUGACAGUGAGAAUCACUCACCUAUUUCCAGGAAAGAUAAAUCUAUUAAACGAGAACACUCCAGUGAUGAUAGCUCAGACGAGUCUGGUUCUAGUCCAGAUGAAAGCAGACAUUCUACCUGUGAACCUAAACAUCGUUCCAAAGAAGUUAUAAAACAAGAACUUAAAGAACGUAAUAUCAAACCUCAGAAACAAACGUCGCAGUCUCUUCAUUCUUCCAAAAGUGUGAAUAUAGAUGAAAUACCAUUACCAUCAGCUAACAAUACACCCAACUAUUUGGAGGUUCAGUCGGUGGAUAGCGAUUGCAUGGAGUUGGAAUCGGAUGCGGAUUUGGAUACGAGCUACUUAGAUAAUGCUGCAGAUGGUAAUGCUGAGAACUGUCCCGUGGAUGAGUUAAUCGACACAGUCAAUGGUUUCCUUGAGUCUAUCGCUUCAGUUCCUGACUCACUGUCGCAGACUUCAAGUGAAUCUAGUUCUAUCAACAAGAUGUCUUUCCAGCCUCUGGAAGAGCAGGAUCAAAAAGUAUGUGAAGGGGCUGACAGUGGCCAGUUACAAUAUAGUAGAGAUCUGCCUAUGUUAGAUAUUCAGUGUUCUGAAAAUGUAGUUGAAUACAUAAAACCUGCAUCACUAACAGUUGUCAGUGUGCAAAGCACUGAACCCUGUGAAUCGAAAUAUGAUCUACGGAAAAGGAAGAUUAAGUCCCAUGUCUCAAUUAAUUCUUUCCUACCAAACACUCCCAACCAGUAUGAAAGGUUAUCUGACUGUAGUAAUCUCAGCAGUAUUUUCGCAGAAUAUCCUGAAGCACCUACUCCGCAAUACACUCAUCUUUUAAACAAUGACUACAGUCUCUUGAACUCGGUUCAUUUAUCUGCGUAUAGUAAGCCAACUUAUCCAGGUAGUGGUAAACUUCUUGGGACUUCUGGACUGCGCGCCAGUUCACUACAUUAUGAAAUGAGGCAGUGGGUUUGUGACUGCAGCGCUCCUACUUCAGAAGAACUUGAACUAGGUAUACUUGCGUGUGGUCCAGGUUGCAUUAACCGAGCUCUAAACAUUGAAUGUGGACCUAAUUGUGCAGCUGGUGACUUUUGCAGUAAUCGUCAGUUCCAAAUGCGGCUUUAUGCGCCAACCAAACCUUUCUACGCUGGUAAAGAUAAAGGCUGGGGGCUUAUGACCACAGAUAACAUUGAAAGAGGGUCAUUUAUUAUAGAAUACGUGGGAGAAGUGAUCGAUUUUACUGAGUUUCGCCGUCGUAUUCGGCGAUAUGAACGUCUAGGACAUGCUCAUCAUUAUUUCAUGGCUUUGGAAUCAGACAGAUUUAUUGACGCUGGUAGUAAAGGAAACUGGGCAAGAUUUGUAAAUCACUCCUGUGAACCAAACUGUGUUACACAAAAGUGGAGUGUGGACGGGGAAAUCCGUAUUGGCUUUUUUGCUAAAGAAGAUAUACCGGUUGGUCAAGAAGUAACUAUAGAUUAUCAGUUUGUUCAGUAUGGGGUUUCUGAACAGAAGUGUUAUUGUGGUACCCCAGCUUGCUCUGGUAUAAUGGGUGCAACCAGCAAACAUUUACAAGAAAAAGUCCGUCUAAAAGACACAACUGUAGUUGAAAGGCGUAUUCUCCAGCUGCUGCAACUAGAAUCCUUCAAACAUGCAGAAGAUAUAACUUUACUUCUACAAGUAAUGGUUCAGGAAUGUCUAACUAGAUAUACUCGACUACAACUUCUUAGUCGUCUUAUCAGUACAGAAGAGGACGCUUGUCUCAAACUUUUUCGUCAAUACAAUGGUCUUGAUAUGUUGGCUGCCUUUAUGUAUGAUGCAGCGCCGAAAGACUGGGAACUGAAAAAGCAAAUACUACUGUGUUUAAAAAAUAUUCCCGUUUCUGAGCAAAAGCAAGUGCAGACGAAUUCACGCCUUAUGGAAAUAGUUGAGCAGUGGACUUCUAAUCCUCAACAUUGUCGACCACGCUGCAUUCCCCAGGAAUCUUGGAAAAAUGCUGAUGCUGAUGAAACAGCUUUUCCUUUAGUUACACUGUCCACUGACGAAAUACAUGAUUAUCCGAAUUUUGACGCUGAUGAGACAAAAUCAGCCUCAAAAAGUGCAAAGGACAACGAAACAUGUUCUGUAUGUACAUAUGACAAAAACGGUCUCUGUGGGCCAUCGCCUUCUACUCCUGGUUCUUGUAGUUCCUCUGGGAAAGAUAAUCCUUGUGAAUCACGCACACCAACACUUCCUGAGUACACAGAUGAAUGUCGCAUUUUCAACAUUCAAACUCAAGAUUCCGAUUGUGAUACUACUCCUGAUACACUUGCGGACGAUACUCUGGAAAUUGAUUCUAUUUCCACCAAUGACAAUAAUGAGAUGGAUACCUCUUUUGAAUUAUGCGAAGGUAAAUCGGAUACGGAAUGGAUAGAUGAAAUCAGGGCUCUGGCGUGCGAACUUCUUGAAAAGUGGUCCCAAUUACCUAAGGAGAAUUACCGGAUACCUCGACUAGAGCGUCAGGAAACUGAAAAAAUGCUGCAUAUAUCACAUCCAGUUGGUUCAACUCUCAUAUCUUGGGGAUCAGAAUACAAAGAUGAUCAAACCAUUCCCAAUAAAUCGUGGAUUCAACAUAAUACAAAUAAAUAUCAGUCAAAUAAAGUCCUGCGUGAAAAUUUGGAGUCAUCUGUUAGAGAGCAAAUAGAAUUAAAUUCUUCAAAUAACUUAUCACUUCUGACCAAAGCUGAAAGGCGUAUGCUUUUUGAAGCUCAAGUUAGAGCUCGUGAAAAACAUUGUGUGUCUGAAUAUUCUGCACCAACACCAGAUGAUUAUAACCAGUCAAAUCUUUCUGAUGACGAGAAAGAUGUAGAUCAUCUUCGAAAGCUGUUAUUGUCUGCACUUAUGAGUGAAUGUGGUCCUAGAAAGACUUCACAGUCGCUUUUUUUAUGUAAUACAACGGAGAAGCUAAAAGGCAUGCCUGUUGUCUCAACUUUAUUGAAGGCUUUGCCUUCUAUGCUGAGUUUAUUAUCAACCUCCAAGGAUUCGGACUUAUUUGUCUUGACGCAAAAAAUUCAUAUGCACGAUAUAUAGAGAUGUACUUUUGUAAUUGUUUGAUUUAAAGUUUACAUGUCUGUGUGAAGAACUGAAACGAUAUUCAGACAAUGAUUUGCACUCGUUACCCCCUGGAUGGAAAUCAGCUGCCGAUUCGAAUGGGCGACUGUAUUAUUACAAUAAGGAAACUAACAGCGUUCAAUGGAAUAAACCUUUGAUAAACGGAAAAUCAUAUCAAGAGAAAACCCUUCUUAGUGAAGAGGAAUAUAAACGUUUGAAAAAACAAUUUACUAAUAAGGUAGGAAAUUACAUUUUGCGACUUCUGAAGCCUUAUCGACUACCGAAUUGUUUAACUGGUCGCAUAGAUUCAAAAGAAGAUUUCCUUCACGUAACAAAGAAGGUGAGCUGAACUUUAUACCAUUAAAUUUGCAUCAUAUUUAAAGUUAUGAGCAAUAUUAACUCCAAAGAAAGGACUAGACACAUCAUACUAGUUACUAGUAUCCAGUCAAAAUAUUAACUCCUAUUUAUUUAAUUUUUAAAACAUUAACCUGGUGAAUUAUAUGCACCAAGAAGUGCGUCGCACUAAAUCUCAAAGUUGGUCUUAAGGACUGGAAUGUGCUAUCUAGACGAUUAGAGUGAAGCAAUCAGUUGUCUUAAGAGACUACCCUCUUUACCUUGAAGUCGUAUAUAUGUAUUUAUGACCAGGUUUAUAAAUCCAUUGUGUCGUAUUCGUCAUUGGUGACACAUCACAUAAACGUAUUGGUUUGUUUCGAAUACCUUAUAGUCAUGUAAUUCGAUGAUGGACAUUUAUGCUGUGCUUCAUUUCAGGUGAUCCAGCUGUGGCACGUCGGUCGGUCGGUUUUCAACAAAGAACUUUGCACAUAUGUGUGGCAGUUCAAGUCGUCACACUCCAUGUAGCACACAAAGGUAGAGAAGAAAGUAGGGGAAAUGCAUAAUAUAGACAGUAAACAGAGGUGUGAGACAGAGGUAUGGUAAUAAGGAAACGUGCUGUUAACUGUCGAAAACAUGCUAUUAAAUUUCUCACGUAAAGCCGAUUUCCACAUUACCGAAAUUAAUAUGCAGUUAUCAUGCCUCAUGUAUAUAUUGUAUUCACUUUAUUCCACUUUUUCUCCCCGCAGUUGACCUAUUGCUUUGUUUCAAAGGAGUUAAAACGUUCAACCAUCGGAUGUCCUCCAACGUUCUCUCUGCCCCUUCAGCAACAUAUACGUUCGACUGUUACGCGAUACAUGACUUCGCGUGGACCUGUGUACAAACGUAAAAUCAAAAACAGUGAUCAAAGUUGAUGUAAAAACACACUUGUGUCUUAUCUCUGUAUAUAUUCAGAUUUCUCGGAUGUAUCUUCGUCAUUUACCUAGGUAUCUGUUAUCAACUUGAUUUGUUCAUCUAUAUCUUCCAGACAACAAGUAGGAGUUUUAAAUUAUAUUUUCUUACAUGCAUAAUCCCGUGUUGUAAAUAUAUAUAUAUAUAAAAUAGUACUAUUCGAUUUAAACUUCCUUGGCAGCAACUUGCUACAUAAAAUGGUAACUUCAUUAUUUCUUUUGAAUUCCUACCUCAGGUAUAACUCGAUGUGAUUUUCUUUUAGUUAUCUUAUCAAUGUUUUACUCUCUUUUGUCAGUUAUUUAUGUUUUCUUAUUUGUGAACACUAAAAUGGCUGUGUUACUUAUAGACGCAAAUAAUAGCAAUAUUAACCUGGUUAGGUUAUCUUUUUCUUUAUGUAUUAUUGUUAAUUUAACUUUUAUUAUUUCUUUCUUUGAUUUUAUUCAUCUGGACGAAAUGUUUCAUUUCUUUAGGCAGCUUUUACUAGUUAUUUAGCUUCUUUAAACCUAAUGACUAAAUGUAAUGUAUGAAUCAAAUGUUGAAAUAAAAUAGUUCUCCA